AUGCCGCAGUUGCUCCUGGCCACCGCUCUCCGUCGUCUGUCGCUGGCACCAUCUCGCGUCUGCCACCCAGCCCUUCUGGAACAGCGCCGUCGGUUUCAUUUCGCACCUCUAGCACCACCUCUACUGCGCAACGCCACCAUGCCGCCCAAGCGCGCUGCGUCAGGCUCCUCACGCGUCAAACGCAAGGCCCCGCUGUCGGAAUCGGAAUCGCCUGAGGGCGCGACGGACUCGGAGCCGCAGUCGCGCGCCUCGUCGCCCGAGCCAGAAGAGAAGCCGCGCACGAAGAAGGCGAAGGUCGACAAGCCCGCGAAGGCGAAGGCGGAGGAGUCUGGCGCUGGUGCUGCGCCCGCGGGCGACGGCGCGCUGGCGCCGAACGGGCAGCCGACGAACAAGGUCAUCCCGGUGCACGUCUCGAUCCCGCCGCGCGUGCCGGGCACGACGCGCAUCGCGACGUGGAACAUCUGCGGGCUCGCCGCGGCGCAGAAGAAGGUGCGCGUCGCGCGUGCUGUCCAUGUGCACGCUGGUUUGCUGACCGCGGGGGUGUGCGCGCAGGGCUUCAAGUACUACGUGGAGGCGGAAGACGCGGACGUUCUGGUGCUGACGGAGACGAAGCCGGUUCCCGUAUCGGUAUUGGUCGAUCUCGGAGAAGAAGACUUACUAGAACUCCCUGGGCAUCCGGAUCCUGGCUCAGUCAAAGGGCGGAUCCUCACGCUCGAAUUCAGCAACUAUUACCUCAUUGGGACAUAUGUCGUGAAUGCGGGCCAGGGCUUGAAGACACUAGAAGCGAAGAAGGAGUGGAACGUGCACUUCACGAAGUACAUGCGCGAGCUCGACAUGCGGAAGCCGGUGAUUUGGACCGGAGACCUGAACGUUGCACCUACGGAGCUCGACUUGGCGAACCCAAAAACGAACUGGAACAAAACGCCGGGAUACACCGAAGUGGAGACGAGCGCGUUUGCGCGGAUAUUGAACCCUUCGUCGGCCGCCGCGUCCGAUGCAGCAUCGCAGGACGACGCCGCGCCUGGCAAGUUCGUCGAUGUGUGGAGAAAGCUGCAUCCCGAUGAUCGGCACUACACGUACUUUUCAUAUCGAUUCAACUGCAGGAUGAAGGGCAUUGGCUGGCGGCUGGAUAUGUUCGUCGUGAGCGAGAGGAUAGAGGAGCGCGUGAAGAUGUGCGAGAUCAGGAGCGAGAUAUACGGCGCGUCGGACCACUGUCCUGUCGCGCUGGAGAUCGAGGGUGAGCUGUAA